AUGCCACGUCCCAACCGACACGAUACCCUCAGGCGUGACUCUUGUUUCGUGCUUGUCUCGACUCUCAUCCAGCAGCAAGCUCACUCCUAUGCGGUUCAAGGACGGAAAUACUUCUUCCGCGCAAGGAGCGGAUGCUUGGGUAUCGCCCUGUACAGUACGUGGAGUGCCUGCUUAUGUUUUGCAUCCAAGAAGCGACAUGACAGGGCGUAG